AUGGUGCAAACUGAAGAAAUUAAAAUGUUUCUUGAGCCUCUUCAUAUACAUCGAAAGAACUUUAUUUUCUUUGCUCUCAAUGACAAUGACUCCCCGGACAGAGCAGGAGGAUCACAUUGGAGCCUUCUUGUGUAUUCUAAACCAGAAAGUUGUUUCUACCAUCUUGACUCGUCAGCAGGCACCAACCACAAUGUGGCUUGGGAAUUUGCUAGCCAUUUAAUAACAUAUUUUUCUAGAGCUUCUAUCAAUUUUGUAGAUAAAGAAUGUCUUCAACAAAGCAAUGGAUAUGAUUGUGGAAUCCAUGUGAUUUGCAACACUGAGAGGCUAGCUGAAUGUGCUGAGGCCGAUGGGCACAUCGGAUCAUGUAACAUGCUAGUUAAAGUGAACCCAGCAGUUAAGAGGAAAGAGAUAUUAAAUAUAAUUAGAAGUUUGACUGUAUCAGAUUAA